CUCCUUCCAGUCUCUUUCUAUGGCGGUUUAGCUCUCAAGGAAUAUUUCUUAGCAGGCGAGCUACCCGUAGAGGAGAGGAAAGAAUUGGCAAGUUUGGCAAGUAGAGCUAGGAUAGCACAGCUUCAGCAAGAAAGAUCUGGGUUGUUGGAAGAGGCUCAACAGUUGGAUCAAAAGAUGGAAGAGGUGAAAAGACGGAUGGGUGUGUGA